AUGGCUCUCAAUCUCAAGAGGAAGCGUGCGGCGGAUGCUAGCCCUCGAAAGACGCGGAAAGUAAGCGAAGAACCUGAUGUUGUUUCUUCAAACGAGGAGAUGGAGUCUGGAGGAGAGGAAUUUGAAGAGGAGGAGGAAGAAUGGGGCGGUGUAGAGGGAGGAGACGAUGAGGUUAAGCCUAGGGAGCCUCUCGAUACGUCCUCAAAGCCGAAGAAACCACCAACGGCUGAAGAAAUGCGCGCAAUUCGUGAAGCGACGGAUUUGUAUCGCUCGAGUUCCUUCAAACUACAGAUAGAUGCUUUACUGCCCAAUGUGCGACCGAAAGCAUCCAGAAUUCCGCCAUUGGAAAAGUUCCUUCUCAACCUCCACACUUUUCUCCUCAAAAUCCCUUCGGUGUCUGCCCAACACCCGCUCGAGGCCUCGAAAGGUUUACUGAAAAAGGGUAUCGCUGUGCCUUACUGUCUACCAUUACCCACCGAAGAAACCAACUGGAAGGUCGCGUUUGAAAAACCGUCGGAGAUCACGUUGGUCGGAAGUUGGGCGAACAAGGUCAGCGUGAAGCCCAAGGACGAUUUGCAUUAUGGAGUGGACGUUGCGGUUGAGAUGCCAGCAAGCCUCUUCCAAGAAAAAGACUAUCUCAAUGCACGAUUCUUCCAGAAAAAGGCGUUCUACCUCGCCACCAUCGCCCAGGCCAUCCAAAACCCAAAAUCCGGUCUCAACGUUGACUUGUUCUAUGAAUCCUCCUCGAGCGAUCCUAGACUCACAAAGCUCGUUCUCAUACCCAAGUCGGACGGCUCGCAGACUGAUUUCACAAAACUAAAAGCGAGGGUUUGCAUCAUCCCGACACUCCCAGCACAGUCGCCUAUCCCCUUGCAUCGAUUAUCGCCCUCCCAUGGAAACCUCAAAAUCAAUACCUCGCAACAAUCCGAGUCUCCGUCCCAACCCCAGCCCACGCCUGUUUACAACAACGCCUUGCUCUACUCGCUCACUCCCAAGCCCCACCUACUCGCCACCUACAAUCUUAUCCAAUCUUCCCCCGCCUUUUCUGAUGCCCUGACACUCCUGCGCAUCUGGGCCAACCAACGUGGAUUCGGCCAAGGCUCGCGGAUGUGCGUAAAAGGUUUCGAAGACGCUGGCCCAUUCUGGAUUGGUCUUUUAGAAUUGCUUAUUACCGGAGAAGAAACGAAAAACUCGAAGAGGAAACCGCUGGGCAAGGGUCUGAGCUCGUACCAGCUCUUCAAAGCUGCAUUGGAUUGUCUCUCAAAGCAGGAAUUUUCAAAGGCGCCUGUGUUUGUGAAGACGGUGGAGGGUCAGCGGUAUCAGAGUGAUGAGUACCAGGAUUACUGGCAUGCUAGUUUGGUGGAUUCGGCGUCGUUGGUGAAUCUGUUGGCUAGUAUUCCUGUGGGGUGCUUGGAUCUGCUCCGAUACGAAGCCUCGAAAACAUUGGAAGCACUCAAUUCUUCGACACUCGCCAUCGACCCCUUCACUCAAGUCUUCCUCCAAGACCACCGUGACGUGCAUACUCGAUUCGACGUUGUUCUCCGUGUCGACAUUACAGGUGCUAAACAACGACAACCCUCGGUACAUGCUUCGUUGGACAGAGGAUCCACUUUCCACCAACUCCUUUUCAACAUGGACUCUCUCCUCCGCCAGGCACUCGGUCCACGUGCAAAGGCAAUCUCCUUCCUCUGCCCCAGCACGACGCCCUCCUCCCCUUCCACUCGCCCGCUCUCACAAGCCCACCCCUCAACACCCACCACAGCCUUCAUCGGUCUCAUCCUCGACCCAGAGCACGCCUUCCAGCUUGUCCAGCACGGUCCUGCCGCCGAAGACCAAGUCACCCCCGAACUCACGGCCUUCCGCGAGCUCUGGGGUCCCAAAUCCGAGUUGCGCAGGUUCAAAGACGGGAGGAUCACCGAAAGCGUGGUGUGGGAUGUGAAAACCGCGGACGAGCGUGCUCAUAUCCCUGCUAUGGUCGUCAAACACAUCCUGGACUGGCAUUUCGGGAUCAGCCAGGAGAAGGUGGAGUCGUGGCAGACAGCGUACGAUAACCUGAUUCGACUGCCGAAGGAAGUUUCGGGGCGAUAUGUGGAGGGUCUGAAAGGGACUGCGAUUGGUUUCAAGGGAGCGUUGGGGGCGUUUGAGGGGUUGGUCAAAGCGAUUAAAGCUUUAGAGGAGGAGCUCCCUCUUUCACUGGUCAACGCCAGCGCGAUUUCAUCGUCGUUGCGGUACACAAGCGUGUUCAAUCCCGUCCCUCUCACGCCGGGUCUUGCGUCCUCCCUUCCGCCUACGGCGCGCUACCUGCAUCCCAUCGACAUCAUCUUUGAAUUCGAGAAAUCGGGGAAAUGGCCGGACGAGUUGAAGGCUAUCCAGAAGAUCAAGCUGGCAUUUUUCGAGAGGAUGGCUGUUCUGUUGAUGGGGUCCGUGCCGGGUCUCAAAGCCAGCGUCGUACUAGGCGAAGGGGACGUAACCGACUCGAACGAAGUGGUGGACAAAGCCUACCUCGAAAUCCUCACACCAGAAGGGUGGGCUUUCCGAGGCCGAAUAUGGCACGACCGCGAAGCCACCCUGCUCGACCGCAUCCUCGACGAACGGGGUCCUCUAGCGCACAUCGCCGUCCCCAAAUCCAAGAAGAAGGAGGAGAGGAAGGGUAAGGUGUAUUUGGACGCGCAGGUGGCGAGGGAGGUGUAUGAGAGGCGGUUUGUGCAUGCGCCGAGGCAUCAUCGGGCUGUGGCGGCGCUUUCGCAUCGGUAUGGUGCGUUUGCGGGGACGUGUAGGCUUGUGAAGAGGUGGUUUGGCGCGCAUUGGUUGUUGGGUGGGCAUGGGUCUGAGGGGAUUGGUGCUCCCUUGUCUUCCUCGCGCAUAUCAGUGUUUUUCGUUGGGGAUGGGAAGAUGGUGGGUGUUGAAAGUGAUGCGGGUGUCCCGGUUCCGAGCUCGGUCCCCGCUACGAAGGAACGGGGUUUUGCGACUGUGUUGAGGUUUUUGAGUGAGUGGAAGUGGGAGGAGGGAGGGGUGUGGGUUUGUCUUUAUGGGCCGAGGGGGAGUGAGGAGGAGGAAUCUAGUGGGGCGGGUACUACUGGUGCUGUUAACGGUGCUUCAACUACUGGGACUGUUCCUGGGGCAGGUGCCACAGGGGCGACGGCGACGAGUGGAGGAGUGUGGAAGUUCAACACGGAUAUGGAUAAAGAAGGCAGGAUGUGGACAAAGUAUGGUCCCGACGCUAUUGUAGCGAAGAGGAUUAGGGCGUUGGCGGUUGCUACUGUUAGGUUUAUGCAAGGUGUUGAAGGGAGUGGGUUUGAUGUUCGGGGCAUGUUCAUCCACCCAACAGAAGACUACGACUUUAUCGUCCACCUCGACCCCUCUGUUUUACCUCGCUACAUGCACAACGUGAACCCAGAUCCAAAGCUCCUCACGAGGCAAGGAAAAUAUGCAAAUCAGGUUGGGGAGAAGGUGGAGAGUGUGAUGCCUGGGUUUGAUCCUGCUCGGGCGUUGUUUGUUGAUUUGCAGCGAACGUAUGCGGACACUUUCCGCCUCUUCUUCGAUCCUUAUGGAGGUACUCAAUUUGGUGGUGUGUGGGACCCGACGCUUAAAACCGCACGACCGUUUAGGGUGUUGGGUGGGUUUAAUAGCCAGCCUGUGCCCAAGGAGAGCGAAAAGGAGAAGGAUAAAGGACUGGUUACGUUGAAUGAGGGCGCUGUGUUGGCGGAGGUGAGGAGGAUGGGGCAGGGGUUGGUUAAGGAUAUUACGAGGAGGGCGUAAGUUCCCGACGUUGUGGGUGGAGAUCUAGUGGGUAAAACCAUCACGAAAAUCUGAUCAAUUUCUCAUUGACGUC